CUUAUUUUAAUCUUUACUUGCUCGUGUGUGAAGCUUUCUCGCUUCGGAAAACAAGUCGGAGUCAGUUUGGUAGCUAACGCUGUUAGCUUUUCCACCAGGGUUGACUUGAUAUUUUUUUACGGACACGCAGCAAAACAUGUUAGAUAGUUAAAAUUGGGCGAAUUUUCUGGAAAAGCGGGUUUAAUUCGGUGAGAAAUUGAGCUCGCCGGAAAGCAAAGCGACUCCGGAACUUGAGGCUAACAAAAGAGUUGUUCUGUGUAGCCGGUAGAGCUAGCGAGCUCCCACACAAAGCCUGCUAGCAUAGCAUAGGCUGCUAGUUUGAGACGUUAGCCAGGUGAGUUUAGUUUGAUAGUCGGAUUUGGGCAGUCAUGGCUCAGCACGGAACCUCUCACGUCGCCAGCUCGCAAAAAGCUUUAAUGCUGGAAAUGAAAAGUCUUCAAGAGGAACCAGUGGAGGGAUUCAAAAUAACUCUGGUAGACGAGGCUGAUCUGUAUAACUGGGAAGUGGCCAUUUUUGGACCCCCGAAUACGCUAUACGAAGGGGGUUAUUUCAAGGCACGUAUCAAGUUUCCUAUCGAUUACCCCUACUCUCCACCAGCCUUCAGAUUCCUCACGAAAAUGUGGCACCCUAACAUCUAUGAGAAUGGGGAUGUAUGUAUCUCAAUCCUUCACCCUCCAGUAGAUGACCCACAGAGUGGAGAGCUGCCCUCGGAGAGGUGGAACCCCACACAAAACGUCAGGACUAUUCUACUGAGUGUCAUAUCCUUGUUGAACGAACCCAACACUUUCUCUCCUGCUAACGUCGAUGCCUCAGUCAUGUACCGCAAGUGGAGAGACAGUAAAGGAAAAGACAGGGAAUAUGCUGAGAUAAUUCGAAAACAAGUUCAGGCCACCAAAGCGGAAGCCGAGCGGGACGGCGUCAAGGUCCCCACCACGCUGGCCGAGUACUGCGUGCGCACCCGCGCUCCUCCCACCGACGAGGGCUCCGACUUGUUUUACGACGAUUACUACGACGACGAGGACCUGGAGGACAAUAACGACGAGGACUGUUGCUACGCCGAGGACGACUCCGGAAACGAGGAAUCAUGACACCGCCAUCAGUAUCACCGUCACCACCAUCAUCUUCACCUCGAAACGUUGAAAAGCUGUCGCAUGCACCUUGUAUUUACCUUCAUUGAAUAGUUAUGUUUUGGUUUGUUUGUAUUUUUUCUCCUUUUUUUUUUUGAGAGAGCCUAUAUACUGCUUUGAGGUUUAUCGUGUCCAGGGUUUUAUUUCGAAAGCAUUCAGUCGUCUGUCAUUCGCGCCUCCCUCUGGUAAGUUUACUUUCUUUACAUUUUUUACAGUUUACAGAUGCUAGAAGGACUGAAUUGAAUAAGAGAAGGUCUUUCGAUGAUCUGUUUUACUGUGCGUCUUUUGUUCUUCCAUCAGAGGCGGUUUUAUCAUGCAGUGCAAGUCCAUUUACCAACGAUGUCCUCUUGACAGUUUUUCAAUUUUAGGCCAUUUGCAAGGCUGACCAGUUUAGCAAUAAAAUGCAUUACAUUCAUUUCAAGCAAGCAAUUUCAAUCACUCUUAUAUUACACGUGUGUUUUGUUACAGCAGCUCAUUAUUUAGAGCAUCAACAACUUGCCCUGUCUGGAUUUACAGUAUUUCUCAUCAUGGAGCAUUUUCUGUGAGCACAUCUGUGUGUUUUACAUGCACAUUAGUAAUACAGAUGUUGCCAAGUGUCCAAUAUUUCAAUAGUCAAACUGGAAAAAGUUCAUUAACAUAUUUGAUAGUCCACUAAUCUGAUUAUUUAGUGCAUUGUAUACUCGAAGAUCUGAUAUUUUAGAUUUGAUUAAAUAGGUCUUAUAAAACACAGGACAUUCCAAACUGCAUAUGAAGCAAUACACAGUUUGGAGACUGGUGUUAUAAUGACAUCUUACUUGGUCCGCUAGUAUGAGACACUUAUGGCUUAAUGCUUAGGGUGCUGGACGUCCAAUCCUGGGUCCACCUGGCUGCCAGUGGUGAAUUUGAGUUACACCCCUAACCCACAUCUAUGUCAGCCAAAUCCCUAAAUGUACCCGAUUUGUAAUCAAAGAUGCAGCACAAUGCAGGAUGGCAUUAUGUGCUGUUCAAUAAAUAAUAUAAUGAAUAAUAAUACUUCAAAGUGAAUAAAUGAUUCUUUGGCUGCUUGCAUUAGGACUCGUAUAGCCGAUCAUUCGUCCUCAUAUUCGAUUCUGCAGUUUUUACAACCCUCCUGUUUAUUCAGGCUAUGGUAUCCACACAAUGGCUAGGUUCAUGUACCACCAUGCACCUUGAGUAUUUGAGUACCAUUACGCCACACACAACAGUACGGGAUACGCUGGGUAGCACUGUCGCCUCACAACAAGAAGGUCCUGGGUUCGAGUCCCAAGUUGAACAGGCCGGGUCCUUUCUGUGUAGUUUGCACGUUCUCCUCGUGUAACCCAGUGUGGGUUUCCUCAGCGAGCUCCAGUUUCCAAAGUUUCCAACAGUCCAAAGACGUACAAGUGAGGUGAAUUGCAGAUACAAAAUCGUCCAUGAUGUGUCAAUGUGUUUGACAUUGGACUCAAGUUGAACUGAUGAAUCUUAGGGAUGCCAUGUUGUGAAAAACUCAGCAGAUUACCAGCUGCAUUAUAUUGAAACAGGGUUCUCUUAUUAUGUUUUCAAGUAUUUUAUCUGCACCAUUUCAUCAAUAACAAUCUAAAGUAAGGACGUUAAUGUAGAUUCUGAAGUUUCACAUUAUCUUAAUUACAUUUAACCUCCAGUGCUUUCUGAAAUCGAAUUACUUGCAAUUAUCUAGUUGUUUUGUGCAUGUAAUCCACAGGAAACACUCACGUGAGGCCGAAAACCAUCUCGUUUAUAAUAAUGCCAUUAUUUUUAUCAUGGUGUCUCCAGUCUUAUUAUUAGUUACAAAGACCUUCUCAACAACAGACGUGGAAUCAUGACGUUAUAUAGGUGGGACGUCACGCCCGCCGAUUGUCCUCUUUUGCUCUGCCAAUAUCGUAUCAUUCUCCGUAUGCUUCUCACUUAAUCCACCACUGAGUUUUUUUUUUUUUAUUAAUAGAGAUUUUUUUAAUGACAGCAACAUAAAUUUAUCUCUGUAUUUGGGGCUAUAGGGUGUUUUCUCCUGGACUUACGAACGGUCACAUGUAUGAUUUCGAAUUUUUUAUAAAAAUGAUGGGUUUAUUUCACAGCUUCUAGCAUCCGCAGACUGGAAAGCUUUUAUCUACGUCGGCAUUGAGCGUCUGUUCUGAGCGAACUCGUCUAACUUAACUCUCAGGAUCUAGCAAACAGGAAAAAAAAACCUCAGCAUCACAGCAACACCAACGAUUAACCCGUCGUAUCGUUUUGUUCGUUUUGUUUUGUUUGGAUUUCAAGGGCGGUUUACAAUCCUAAACCUCGAUGCUGAUGUGCACGUGUGGAUAUGUGGCUGAUCAUUUUACUGACCUUUAUGUAUUUUUAUGGUUUGUUGGCAUAUUUAAAGCUGAAAAUAAAAGUCUUUAUUAGAAUAA